AUGGGUACUCUUGUUGGUCAUGUUGUGCCCGGUACAUUUUUUAUACUUUUUCCAAUAUGGUGGGGCUAUUGUCUUGCGAUUAAACAUUACCAUAUCAGAUAUCGAAGACGAGACCAGCAUCAAAACCCUCGUCUUUAUCAAUCGUCGACAACCUUCUCAUGCAUAUGCUGUUCCUGGGGGAAAAGUCGACCCAUCGAAUCUCAAAUCAAAAUUUUCUGCUCCGUGGUUGGAAUGCUAGGCGAAUUUAUUACCGGUUUUGGAUACAUCGAUGACACAACAUCGAAGAAAAAGAUUUUAAUUUUCGGUGAAAAUAAUGUUCAACAUAUCACAAUGUUUUUCGGAUUCGCUUUAGCUUCAUUGUUGGAAGUACUUGUACAUCGAAAGUAUCCCCUCCCAGAUGGCAUCGAAUUUCUCGGCAAUAUCUUUGCAUACGGUCUCGAAGCAUUUCUAUUUCAUUUUCAUCUACAUGGACGUGAUGAAGUCGAUAUACAUGUUCAUACACUAUUACUUUUUUCCAUUUUACUCUGCACUGCCGCUGCAAUUUGGGAAUACAAUCGGCCGAAUCAGAUCUUAGCAACUUAUGGGAGAAUUGCAGGAACAUUCCUGCAAGGUGCUUGGUUCUAUGCAAUUGGUUUUAUACUUUACUUUCCAUCUAAUAAUCCAUAUUGGAUUUGGUUACCGACUCAUGGACAUCUUUUACUUAUAACUACAUUAUUCAUGUUCCUGAAGAAAUUUCAAUUAGAGAAAACGACUAAAACAAUUCCGCUGCUGUUGAAGCGUACUUAUAAUAUCAAAAAGUUAGACCUGCAAGCGAUAAAAAAUCCACAAGUACAAGCUGUUCGUGAAAAAGAACUGCAGAGGAGACAACAACAAGGAAUAUUAAAUCGUUUAGUUGAAAAACGAACAGGCGAUUAUAAUGAAUAUUUCUCAAAAUCGUCGGAUUCAUCGGUGCUCAAACAACGACAACAUAGAUCGUACGAUCAUAUUGGACAAAAACGCGCAGUAUACUUGAGUAAAGUUCUACGUGCGUUUGUUGCCGAGCGUAUUGGUUCGGGUGAAAUCGGUGAUGUCUUAUCUGGAAAAAACUUUCAAUUAACUAAUAUCGUUGUUCCUGUGGAUUUGAAUCGUAUUGAAAUUUUAUGGUGGUCGCCAGAACAAGAAGUCAAUCUGAUCGAAGACCUACUGAAAACCGCUGGUGAAGAAUUAAAAACAGCUAUUCGACAUGCUCAGUUACUACCAAAUCUACCACCGGUGAUUUUCAAACGAGACAAUACACCGACGCAACGUGAACAGAUCAACAAUUUGCUCGAUGUCGCAGACACUGGAUCAUCUGAAGCGGUAACUCCGACAACAGGAGAGCGUCAAGACUUAUAUGAUAGUGAUCGCACUAUGAUUCUUCGAAAGCUAUCAGUCGACGAGAGCAAGCCAAGCGGUAACGAAGAUCUAUUGAAUGUUGAUCAAUUGCAAAGACGUAUGAAAGCGUUUGCAUUGACGAAACGCAUGAAGCGUGUCCGCGAACAACGAAGUGCUAUCUAUGGAAUCAUGGCGAUUGAGAAAGAACGACAAAAUCGCGAACAUUUUGCAUUGAAUGUUACUGAAGAUGAUGAAUUCGAACAGGCAGAAAACGAAAAUAAAAAAUAA